GUGCCUUGAGCUCAGCGAUUUUUGGCACAUUUUGAACCCAUGAACCCAUCAGUCAUUUUUGACGGAAGGGUGAUUUAUGAAUCUCAGCCGUUAUUCCCUCUCGUGAGCCUAUUGUACUGUCUAGUGUCCAAAGAAUUGUUUUACUGCCACUUUAUCUUCACUCCUGAAGUGGUCUACCGGUCGUUGGAAAUCGACUGGUAUCCUGGUAAAGAAGGCACUUACAAUAAAAGGCGUGAAGCGAGGGUUCGCUGCACCAAUUUUCCAGCCGGCGAAUAUGGUGAACUCAAUUACGCUUGCAAGCUUUUAGUUUUAGAUUUAUGGUCUAGUGUGACGUGGUGUAGAUGAUACCGCAGACCGGACUCGAAAAGUGAAUUAAAGAUUUGAGAUUCCGUAAAGACUCGCCAAGUGACUGCAAUAAUGGCAGAUGUUUGGCGGGAUUGCAUACAGUGUGCCC